AUGUUGAUGUCAUUACAACGAAUACGACCUUACCAACAGAGUUAUAAGUUAGUACCCAUAUCCCCGAUACGAACACUUGCAACAUACAAUAAUUUUGUGGAAUUGGACAAAAAAUGGAGGGAUAGGUGGAGCCAACAACAACAGCACAAAGGUGAAAAAGUCGCCCCAUCUAGGUCUAAGAAAGAUUUCUAUGCAUUGGUGAUGUUCCCAUACCCUUCAGGGGUUCUACAUUUGGGCCACUUGCGUGUAUAUACCAUAAGUGAUGUUGUUGCCAGGUACAAAAAAUUGAAUGGCUAUAACGUGAUUCAUCCAAUGGGGUGGGAUGCGUUUGGAUUGCCAGCAGAAAAUGCAGCCAUUGAAAGAGAUAUAGAUCCAGCUAUAUGGACAGAUACCAAUAUAUCGAAAAUGAAACAGCAAAUGAUAAAUUUUCUGGCUGAUUUCGAUUGGGACAAAGAGAUUAAUACUAGCUCCCCUGAUUAUUACAAAUGGACUCAAAAAAUCUUUCUCAUGUUGUAUGAAAAAGGUCUUGCAUAUCGGAAAAAAGCAGAGAUCAAUUGGGAUCCAGUGGACCAAACAGUUUUAGCUAAUGAACAAGUAGAUGCCAAGGGUAGAUCUUGGAGAAGUGGGGCAAUUGUGGAAAAGAGAAAUUUAGAACAAUGGUUUAUUGGGAUAACUCAAUAUGCUGAUAGGUUGGUGCAAGAUCUUGAUCAUCUUGAUCAAUGGCCAGAACAUGUCAAGACUAUGCAAAGGAAUUGGAUUGGGAGAUCUGAGGGUUGCGUCGUGCAUUUCCCGAUAAAUCAUGGUAAUUGCAGAGUGUCGGUUUUCACUUCACGACCAGAAACAUUAUUCGCGGUGCAAUUUUUGGCUCUUAGUUUAGAUCAUCCUUUGGUUAAAGAGCUAGCAAAGAAUGAUGCGCAAUUGAUAAAGUUUAUCGACGAGUCGAGAAAUGCACCACUCGAUUCAAAAGCCGGUUACAAGCUUCCUAUUAAAGCGUCAAUCCCACUCAAUCCAGACAACACAGUGAAGUCAGUGUUUGAUGUUCCAAUUUAUGUGGCUCCUUACGUGCUUAGUGAGUAUGGAUCGGGUGCUGUUAUGGGAUGUCCGGGACAUGAUACCAGAGAUUAUGAGUUUUGGAAACUACAUGAACCUGAUCACCCUAUUGUUCAGGUUAUUGGACCAAAAGAUUCCAAAAGAAUGGCAAUUCCAUACAUUUUGAAAAAAGGUGUGAUGCAAGAUAAUAGUACUCUUGAAGGGGGAUUAGAGGAUCUACAACAAUACAAAGGAUUAUCGGGAACAGCUGCGGCAAAUGUCGUUGCACAUCAAUUGACUCAAACUGGUUUCGGAAGUGUAAGCACACAAUAUAGAUUAAAGGAUUGGUUAAUUAGCCGACAACGAUAUUGGGGAGCUCCCAUCCCAAUUAUACACUGCUCGGAUUGUGGUCCAGUCCUUGUGCCAGAGGAACAACUCCCUGUGCUUUUACCAAAAGUGAGUACUGAACACUUUACUAAGGGAAACCCUUUGGGCAACAUUGAUGGGUUUGUCAAUUGCAAGUGCCCCUCAUGUGGAAAGGAUGCCAAAAGAGAAACCGACACAAUGGAUACCUUUAUGGACUCUUCAUGGUACUAUUUGCGAUAUUUGGAUUCCAAGAAUGACAGAGAAAUCAUAAGUUCCACCGCUAGUCAAAACAUGCCGGUUGACUUGUAUGUGGGUGGUGUUGAGCAUGCGAUUUUGCACUUGUUGUAUGCCAGAUUCAUUGCCAAGUUCUUGAGUGAUUGCAAUGUAUGGGAUGGCAAAUCUUGUCAUGAUGAACCAUUGACCAAAUUAGUCACCCAAGGAAUGGUUCAUGGUUUAACUUAUGCUGAUCCUAAUACCAACAAGUUUCUCAAACCGGAUGAAGUUGACCUAACCAAUCCACAAGCACCAGUGAUAAAGCAAACGGGAAAAGCACCAAGAGUUACAUAUGAGAAAAUGUCGAAAUCCAAGUAUAAUGGAGCCGAUCCUGGAGAAUGUAUUGCCAAAUUUGGCGCUGAUGCUACAAGGGCACAAAUGUUGUUCCUGGCGCCAGUUUCGGAUACGUUGUUGUGGAAUGAGGACCAGAUUUCUGGUGUUGAUAGAUGGCUUAGACGAGUUCUUGCGUUGAGCGAGUCUAUCCGCAAUUUAAAUGAGCUGGAAGUGGGUAAAGGCGACCAACAAAUUGCUCUUGUGAUAUUGAAGAAUCCAAUUGUUGGGGAAACGACUAUUGGAUUGAAUGGAUAUGAGUUUGAAUUCUACAAUCAGGUACAAGACCUAGUCAAGAGCAUUUCCGAUUCGAUCGAUAUUCACUUUUCAUUGAAUACCGUUGUUUCUGAUUUGAUGAAGAUGACAAAUCUCAUAACCGACGCAAUCAAGUCCAACAAGUGCAAACACAAUUUAAUUCUUGACUCGUAUAUCAAGUUAUUGAUCUGUAUGGCUCCAGUGACCCCAGCUACAUCAGAGGAAUGUUGGGAAGCUAUACAAUUGAGUAAUGGGUUGGAGCCAAGCUCGAUAUUUGAACAACGGUAUCCUACUGAUAAAGCUAUCCAGUCUAGUAUCCAAAAGUAUAAUAUUUUUAUCAAUGGCAAAGCAAGAGGUACAAUUAUGGCGGAGGACAAGUUGAUUAAUGAAGAUGAUGAGAGUAUAAUUAAGUUACUCAAAGCAAAUGAUGGAUUUUCGUAUCAUUUACCGAUUAAGGUUAAAAAGAUUAUCAAGAAACCAAGAUUGAUUAGUGUCAUUGGUUGA